CGGAGUGUUGUACUUCCGGUGCCGCAGUAAGGCGCGUGCAGCUGGUUUUGAGAACGUUGUUGUGACGACAAGAAGCCAAAUAUCUAAUCUCUGACGGAGCAUUUUUAUUUAAUUUGACCAAAACAUGAGUUUACCCCUUAACCCCAAACCUUUCCUGAACGGCCUGACGGGCAAACCGGUGAUGGUGAAGCUGAAGUGGGGGAUGGAGUACAAGGGCUACCUGGUGUCUGUGGACGGAUACAUGAACAUGCAGCUGGCAAACACAGAAGAAUAUGUGGAUGGAGCGCUGGCAGGACAUCUGGGGGAAGUUCUCAUCAGGUGUAAUAAUGUUUUGUACAUCCGAGGCGUAGAAGAAGAGGAAGAGGACGGAGAGAUGAGGGAGUGAUGUCACCGUCUGUACCUCGUAGUUCAGUUAAUGUGUUUGUGUUUUCACCAUGUGAAACAGAUGAACGUUUGGGUUGUUUUUCAAGAAGCUUUGAAAUGAUUCUUCUUUUUCUAUUUUACUGUAUGUGAGACCAAUUCUGUAUUGUGAUGUAGACACAAUAAAAGAUCAUUGUGCCCUUUCUUAAAAACUA